GCAGGGCAGGAUGAAGGGCGCCUUGCCUUGCUUGGUGCUGGGCUUCCUGGUGUGUGAGUGCGGGGUGUGCUGGGCUCGGGGGGAGUACUGUCACGGUUGGAUUGACAGCGCCGGGAAAUGGCACGACGGCUUCCAGUGCCCCGAGGACUACGACACGGUGGACGCCACAAUCUGCUGCGGCUCCUGCGCUCUCAGGUACUGCUGUGCCGCGGCCGAGGCCAGACUGGACCAGGGGGUCUGCACCAACCACAGAGACCCGCAGACCCCCGACUACUCCGCACAGCCCAUCUAUGUCCCGUUCCUGGUUGUUGGCUCCAUAUUCGUGGCGUUUAUCAUUCUGGGCUCUCUGGUGGCUGUUUAUUGCUGUACGUGUCUCAGGCCCAAGCAGCCAAACCCGCAGCCGAUGCGGUUCUCAAUGCGAAACCACCAAACCGAGACUAUUCCCAUGAUCCCGACGUUUACAAACAUAAGGACCCCAUCCAGGCAGUCCAGCACCGCCACCAGCUCCAGCUCCACCGGGGGCUCUCUCCACAGGUUCUCCAUGGGCAGGGCUGAGCCAGGGCACAGCUGUCUGGUCCCCUCGCCCCCCCCGGCUUACAGCUCCCCCCUGCAACCAGGACAAGCCCUGCAUCUCAGUCAGAGCCAGGGCUUCCUGCUGCCACAGCAGUACUUCACCUACACUCUCCAACCAGAACCCUACCCCACGUUCAACGAUUUCAGCCACAACCGACUGCAGCCCCAGAACACAGCGGCGCCCAACUCGGAACAAGUCACAUACAGCAACGCGGGGCUAUAGGAGAGCUUGUGGGGCAGUUUGCUGUGUGAGUAACCCACUGCCCACCGUGUUACAGUAUUGGGAAGUCUUUGGAGGUGGGCUACUGUUUUGCAUUCUCAUGUGGAUGGAUGUCACCCCUUUCUGGACUAAAAAUGACUCUUGCUAACCAACAGGGAGGACCUUCAUUCUCUACCCUAAGUCUUCCAGAAAGCCUCCAGCUUCACAUCAGCCGGAUGUGUAAGGAGGAGCGUGGUUUGCUGGUUUGCUGUUGGACUCGUUGCUCCCCAGCUAUAGGUUCUGCUCCUCAUGGCUCUGAAAGCAAACUAUCCACUCAAAAUCUGGAGCCUUUUAAAAUUCUACACUUUCACGUGCUUUUAUCAUAGUUAACUGUGAUAUUAACUGCAUAGUUAGAAGUGUAACUUACAAUUUACAAUCCUUGUUAAAAUUGUUAAGAAUAAUAUGGAGGCCAAACUAUUACAAUACAGUAUUAGCAAUCGCACUGAAGUCAUAUGUUUGACUGAUACCCGUUUGGUUAGAUCAAAUUGGAUGUGUGGUCUGAGGCAAUGUAUUACCUGUUUAGUCUGUUAAUCAGGUGAACUCACUUUCCUGACUGGGUCUACAGAGUGAAUUAAGGACUGUUUGCUUCAGGAAACUUUGCAAAAUGUCAAAUGUAACCGUUUUUUUGAGUGGGGGGAGGGGGUGGUAAACAUGGUAAACAGUUGCAGUUUAACCUGAGAUGCAAACGUUUCUACACAAAUUCACCAAGUUUAAGGAGGUAAGAAAAAAUCUCCAAGUUUCACGUCCCUGUAUUUGACGUAUUAUUGGAGUUCAAGCAAUAACCAUUUGUGGUAGAAUAACAGGCGGUAAACAGAACUUUUAUAAGGCGACAAAUUUUAAGAACGAGGAUAGNUUUUUUUCGCUUGUUCAUAUAUUUUCAUAACAUUUUGUUUUUGACUGAAUGCCUUACUUAUCUAAAUAUUGAAAAUUAAAGUUAUGAAAUAAUUUAUAGAGGAAACAUCUAAAGUCGAUUAUUCUUAAUUCCGACCUUCUCCCGUAUAUUUACAAUACACUUAAAUUACUAAUUGUUCUAGUAAUCAUUUUGUUGUUUGAAUUAUAUGAUUGGUUGAACUAAACAAAUGUAUGGUGGAAAUGAAUAUUGCAUAGGAAUAUUUUAUAAAGUGUCCAUUCUGAAAAUAUGAAUGUUAACUUAAAGAUCUGAAAUUAAAGAUGUUUAAUAAAACAUCCUGACAAAUUUAGGAUUGCAAAAUGACAUACAUUCAUGUGCA